CACAGGUACACUGUGAUUUCAGCAACAUAAAGAUAAUCACAGCAUGCAUCGAUGUUGUUAAGCUAGUCGUUAGCAUAGCUUGACUAUAGUAUUUUUCAUUUAAUAUUGAAUGCAACAAACUAAAAGGUGCGCCACUUCAUUUCUUCGUUUUUCUGUUUCUGGCAUUUUCACAUUUCAGUUUUAGAUUUCUCGCAAUUUGUAUUACUAACUUAGAAGUUCAUACUUGCAGUCAGUAAACAUAAGCUAUGUCACCAGACUUUUGAUUGCUUCGUCUGAUUUCCUUCAUAUUUUUCUCCCUCGUCGGAUUAUUACAAUGCUGGCUAAUGAACGAUUGCGUUUCAAGCUUCAUUCUGUCAACUAUCCGGUGUACGAUGUUUUCGAUGUUUCAGAUUUGGCGAGUGUACGCAAUGUGAUCGUAUGGCUGGAGGAUAGGCUUAUUCGAGCUCUUCCUGCUGAAUCUAGGUUGCGUGACGUACAAUCUUUGGAAUGGACAAGCUAUUUAAAUAAGUAUCUGCAGGCAGUAAAGUGCCCUUUUAAUGAAUCUAAUUCUUGGGCUAUGUUGGAUUGGCUUCUUAGUAAAGCACUACUAUUGGAAUACAACUCAUCUAGAAAUACUCAGCACAGCAGUAUAUCUGAGAACCCUAUUAUUUCCACGAACGCUUUUAAUAACAUAGAUGCUAACAGUGAUGAGUUUAAGGAAAAUGUUUUAAAGAUGGCUAAGUUAUUGCAGAUUCCUGCCCAUCCAGAUAUCAAAAUAUUAUUUAAGGCUGUCUGUUUAGUUAUCGAACAAAAACUUGAAGUAAAUAUAUUGAAUGAUGCUAUAACGAACUAUGGGACAUCUAAACUUUAAGUUUUCUUUUAUUCUCUUAUUGGUUACUUAAUUGGGAAAAUUCUUUUGUAUACAGGUCCGUCUUUGAGCAAACUUUAUUGCAAUCACUUAUAAUACAAUCUCAUAAGACGAUAUAUGUUUAUUUAUUUGACAGUUUAUUCUUUGUAAUAUUGAAGCAUUUAGCUAAGUGUGAUGUUCGUUUUUUUCAACUUGCAUGUAUAAGGUUUAUACAACUGAUGAGAUUAAGUGGGGAAAUUAUUUUCUGUACCAAAUCAAAUAUAAAACUUUUGUCGCUUUCCUUAUUGGUCAAUCUUUUGUACUUAGAUACCAGAUGGUGAUAAAGUUGGUGCUAUUAGUUAGGUUCUAUCGACCAAGGGUCUGGUCUAAUCAGUUAUGUAGCUAGAAUGAUAGAACGAUGAAUUCAAUUUGGAUUUUAAUGUUUAGGAGUAUUUUGGGGGAAUUUUCAGUUUUAUGCUUCAGCUAUACAACCAUGUAUAGGGUAAUUGGGUUUAUAAUUUCAAUAAAACUCAUGGCACUAAAGAAAUGUAAGCUCACAUUUUUUGGUAUCGUCAGUCAUAAAAUUAAUGCCGAUAACGGGAAAUUAUCUUACGGUAUCUCACUGUUUGAAUAUGACGUUUCAUUAACCAUAGAAAUUAACCACGUUUAAACGUCGUUAAUAGGUUACAGUGUGGAGUUAUAUGUUUUCAAGGAUUUCUAACUUCACAAUUUAUUCACUAAGGCUACCUUAAAUCGUGGAAAGUUAGUCUAUCAGUUUAAGCAAGAGGAAAAGUGUAACAAAUGACAAUUAGAAGAAAUAUACACCACAGUGAAGUAUUUACAUGUUUAUAUUUGAAACCACUACUGAGACCAACAGGAAUUUCGAUGUUAAAAUUGGUUUUAGUCUGUAUCAAGUUACUUAUGGAAACACUCCCUUCAUAACUGCAAUUUACACCACGAAAAUGCAUACAUACAUAUAGUUUCAUCGCUUGGUUGUCUGUUUGAGUCAUUUAAUACUUAAACCAUAUUUGUACUCAUUUAUACUCAUAACAAGAUAAUUAUUGCAAUUCAGUAAAUAUAUAGUAACUGGGAAACAAGGCUGUGGAGAACAUGUUUUG